GAUUAGUCAACAGGAGGAAACUGUCAAGUGAUGAUGUGUUGUUAUUUAUACGCCUGUACCGUUCCUUCCUGGUGAAAAUUUGUGGAAUUCAAAACAUUUUCCUUUUAUUUGGCUUCGACAGUGUCUAGUCGGGUCUCGAAAGUCUGGACAGAGUAAAAUGCUGCAGCCAUGAUAACGCUGCUCUCGUUUUUGGCGAUUAUUAUCGCCAUCUAUCUCGGUAUAACUUGGCUUCUCCCACAAUGCAUAGGGUACAUCUUGAAGCGAAAGUUCAACAUCAAAAUUCGCUUCGGUCGGAUAGGUUUACCGUUCUCGCUGCGGGAUGUGAACAUCUGUAAAAGCGGAUUCUCGGUGCAAAUCGAAGAAAUUUGCAUUCGAAGCAGUUUCUUCAAUUCGGAAGUGACGAAAUUGCUGUCUAUCAAUAUUCGCGAUAUACGAAUCAACAAGGAUAUCAAUCGUCGUCAGCAGCAGACCCAAAAUUCGAACCAACAUCAGAAUCAACAACCGAAUGCUACCAAUACCGGCCCAACCAGCUCCGAUGCACCUGCGAAUGAUGCCCAUGCGAAAAAGCGCAACAAUUUGGAUUUUCGUGAGAAAAAAGUCCAUCCGAUGAUCAUCAAGUUCGCCCAAUUCAUGGCGGUUCACAUCCACAAUGUGUCCGUGGCAUUGCUGAGCAACGAUCAUGAUCCGGGCUGGUUGCUGCAUGCGACCGCCAAAGAGCUGCAUCUGGAUGGAAGCCUUGUGCACAACACGAAGACGAUGCUCGUGUCCUCGGCGCUUUGUGAUGCGCAGGCGAAAAUCCUACGACACUGUCAGGUAGCGAAACGGCUGGACAGACCGAGACCGAGCGACUCUCAGCCAUGUCUGGGUGAGCUUAGCUUUGGCAUAGCGUUGGACAGUGUGCUGGUAGCUCAUGGGCCGAUUUCGCUGGAGAAGUUACAAUUAGCGAUGACCAACACGAAAGUGGUUCUCCACGGGGGUCUGUAUGAGUUCUUGAAAGAUGCGCAAAGUCAGAAGCGCCGACACGAAAUGUUCCUACGACAGAAUAGCGUUAGUUUGGACAGUGUUCCUGGAGCGCAAGCUGAGCAGGGGCGCAACGACGGCAGCGAGACGUAUCUGGGAAUAGCUCCCAUCAUUCCGAAGAAUUUCGUCAUUAAAAUCGAGAACACUACGAUAUCGGCGGUGCGCGAGAAUAGUUCGAAUGAUUUCUCGGCCACCUUGCAGUUGUUCACUGUUUCCGGCAAGUUCAGCAACCGCAAUAUCUCGGACGAAUUCCUGAUGCCCAUGUUCUAUGCGGGCAUCCAGUUUCAACAGCUCGAGAUUGAUACAAUGCAGGAGAAGCUCCUGUUCCUGGAGCUGUUCAGUGUGGAUUCCAAGCUCGAGAAGGAUCUCAUCAAUGUGUACUCGAAGUUGAAGUCGUUCCGAAUGGUCUACAAUCACAAGGAGAUCUACGGUUGGAUCAGUAAAAAUUUCUUUUCGAGCGAACGCUUGGCGAGACAGAUGAAUCCGAAGAGUUUGAAGCUUUCGACGAGGAGCGGCAAGGAUGCUGAAAGCCGUGUGGGUGCCGGUAGUGGAAUAGUUGAGGAGUUUCUCAAAAGAGUUGUUAUUACCGGGUGUGCGGAACUGUGGAACGUUACAUCGGUGUUCAAGUUUGGCUCCCAAGAGAUCUCCUCCAUCUGUUGCAACCACACGAAGCUACUGUUGGACCAGUUCGCGGAAACCAGAAGUAGCGUGUACGAGAAUCGCUUGCUAAAUCUAGUUCUGGAGAAGCGCCACUGGAGCGCCGAGCUAAUGAUCGAGUCACUAUGGUGGUCCCUCAACGGGAGCGUGGCCCAUAAAGACUUCGGCCAGCGGCUGAAGAAAAGCCACAUCCGGGGCAGCCCGUUCUACGUGGGCGUCAGUCUGAUCAAACUGAGUAGUUACGGGGAUGCCACCAAGCUUGAUUUCACGAUCCAUACCUUCCGGACCGAGUACAGCCCCACGCUGGCGAUGUAUCUGGUGCAGGCGAAGCAGUGCCUCGAACAGUACCGUUCGUCCGGGUUGGCGAGGAAGAACUCGCUCGCGUACUUCCCGUCGGUGGAUGGAUCGCUUCUGGAUUGUUCCUCGCUGAAGCGAACGAAGCCAGGGUUUCUGAUCAGUGCCAAAAUAACCGACGCAACGAGUUUCUUCUUCAAUAAGUUCGACACAUGUGUGCUGGCCAACUUGAGCGAGCUGUCCUUGGCGAAAACAACUUCGAUAAAUGUCCUGAAACUGGAUCAGUUCCACAUGGAAAUGUUGGAUUUCAAACACAGCUCCGGAUCGGAGUUUGCACCGGCGGAGCUGCAGAACAUGUUUGCGAACUUUAAAGUGAUUCGCGUGGAGCACACCGAUCACCCACGGCAUCCGAAGUUGGCCGUCCACUUUUUGGACGAUACCGGUGCGAUGUGGAAUGCCAAUCUCCAUAUGCACAUUGUUACCCUGUUCGGGGAGAUCAGGGAGUUGAAGGCAGCCUUAGAGACGAAAAAAAUGGCACAGCCCCCGUUGGAAUUACCCACGGCGGAAACGUUACCAAAGAGUUCCCCCACGGGGGAACAGCGAGCGUGGAUUAUUGAUUUGUAUGCGGAGGGAAACGCCGAGUUCGCUAUCAAAAUAAGCGAUCGCCAUUCGAUGCAGUUUUUCAGUGAAAAUUUGUACAUCAGUCGAAAAGAGCGGUGGUUUAUUUCGUUCGAGAACAUGUUCAUCAAGAUUGAUGAUCAGCAUAUUUUCACGUUCAAAGAUGUGGACAGUCACCAGAUGGCGGAGAUGGAUGUGUUGCGGGCAGAGCGUCAGCACUACGACAGCUUUCGACUGACGAGUAACAAGGUUUGGGCGACGACGAUCGGCGUGGUUCGGGUGAUCUUUCCGUACGAUCAUGACUUCUACGGGGCGAUAGUGAAUGAGUUCGUGUCGAUCUACAAGUGGCUGAAGGCGAUACAUGGCUACAAGAAGAAGCCUUUCACGCAGGAUUCGCCUCUGCCAAGUGACAUGUUUAUUCAGAUCAAAGAGUUUUUAAUGGAAAUGAGUGACGACCCGUUCGAGGUGAAACUUCGUGAUAACUACGUGCUGCUGUUGGACGAGUACAAUGAAAGCGUCAAGCGGAAGGAGUUGUUCGAUCAGAAAAUAGCACAGCUGUGCGCGGAGCGAUUGAUUCUCCCGGCGGGAACCCUGGAAGAACUGAAUGCCAAUCUUAUCAAGAAGAACUCGGAGAUUUACAUUCAACGGUCGAAGAAACUGUCGGAAACAGGUCCACCUCGGACGCGCUUAAUCGCUUGGGUUAUGACGGAUUUGGAAAUUAUGGCCAUGGCUGAUCCCUCGGUACAUGGAUCGGAGAACGCAAUUCGUAUGAUACGUGAGAUAGACGCUGAGAGCCCAUGGCCAGAGGAGGGUAUCGAAUUUGUGACGCUUUGGUGUCGAGCUGUCAACAUCAGUUGUUCCGAGUGGAAAUUCAUGCUCAGAGAUUACCCCCAACCGAUGUUCCAUGUGAAAGCCAUGCAUUUGUUUGGUCAUUUAGCGGGGGCAGAGAUGGCACCACCUCGGAGGGCUAAACGGGAUGUUGAUAUUGAGGUAGGUGCACCCUUCGGGACGCACACAAUAGAGCGAAGUAUGCAAUCGAUUAAGUUCUACCAUGACUUCGAUUGGGAGCUGGAUUAUCUGGCGUAUGCCUUCGGACCAUGCUGGGAACCGGUGAUGGCACAGUGCAAUUUGAUGAUGGAGAAAAUUUCCGCUCCCUCACGGGACCCCAGUCCACCGCUUCCAUUCUGGGACAAGAUGCGUCUGCUUAUGCAUGGUCGAUUAACGAUAAUCGCCAAGCAGUUCACCAUCCUGCUGCACGCCUCGCUUGACCCGUAUAAUACCACCGAGGAGAUGGAGUUGACUUGGAACAAUUGUGGCAUAGUUUACACAAACGCUAAAAUUAUGUUCAAAGGAGAUUUGAACGUUUUCGUACGCACAGCAUCCCGCUACGACGAUUGUCGCCUCCUGCAUCUUCCCAACCUCAAGCUCACCUUCAAGCUGAACUGGGCCUGCCUGGCAAACCCCAACGAUCAUCACGCUGUCAUUCCGUGCGCUCCGGACAAGCUGCCGGAGUACUCGAGCAACCAGGUGCACGAUUCCUUCCGCGCUUUCCGCUCCCAAAACCUCAACAUUUGGGUUUCGUUCGAGAUCAAGCAAAAUGUGUCCGAUGCGGACGUGCCGAAUCUGGUCCUGUACGGGAGCACACUGCGGUGGUUCGAGAGCCUCAAGCUGAUUCUGUCCGGUGUGACGCGCCCCACCAGGCGCGGGCCUGUUUUCAACAAUGUUCGACCCCGAAAGAAGCAACUGAGUCGACACUACCGGAAGGCGAAUCUGCAGAUGAGUUUACACAAGUUCCAAAUCUUCUACUGGAUGUCGCACGCGUUGAAUCGUGGUUUCCAGCUGAACGGCGGUAGAAUCACGUUAAGUUCGGAGCACACGCUCACUUUGUCGCCGAUCGACGAUGGAUUGGUUCAUCGGCCCCGUGCCGACUGGGCUAUCAUCUACAUGAACUGUGAGCUGAACGAUGCGGAGAUAUGGCUGCGCACGACUACGAUGAGCGAUCGAGCCGAUGGGAGCUCGGAGAGUAUUUCGAAUUCGAACGGGGACAUUUGCAGGUACUACUUCCUGAGUGUCGCAAAGGUGUCCUACGGGCGGGAGGCCCUCCUCGCGAACGGUAAUGAACGGGAGAAGGACACCCCCACCCACAAGCUGGUGGUGUACGAUCUGAAGGGUGCCUGGACCAAAGAUAAUCGGGAUGUAGCGUUCGCUUUGUUCGAUUCCUUCAUGAAGAGCCAGCGGUUGAAGAAUAAUCUUUCGACCGAGGCACUGAAGUGUUUCCGGAAGGAGGGAAACAAUACACCGCUCAAAUCACGAAACAGUCAGGACAAGGGAACGGCUUCCCAGCACCACUCGGAUGGUAGCAGCCGACAACAUAUCAACAAGCGCCAGGAAACCUCCGAUGGGUUGGUGAUGCUGCAGCAGUUGAUAUCCGAAGCGGACCACAAAUCGCUGGUGUUCAGUGACGAUCUGUCGGCGCAGACCCGGCAGCAACAGUUGAAGGGGUUGCAGGCUUGCCAGGAUGGGGAUGUGUUGCACUACAACUGGUUCAUUUCGUUGGUCAACUCGCAGGUGCUGCUGAAGGGAUGCGAAACGUCCGGUUAUGUGAUUUUGAGUGCAGCCAAAGCGGAGAUUUUGCAGCGAGUUCAUAGACCGGUUUGGCGCGAUCAUACGAUUGUGUCGAAGACGACGUGGGUCGGUUCGUUGGAAUGCAUGCAGUAUUAUGCGACGGUCAGUGCGGAGGAUGGAGACACGAGGGAAAUGGCGGAGAUUAUGUGGCUCACGGUUGAUAAUAUUCAGGAGAAAGAUAGGGAUGCAACUGUGAUAAACGAGUUUCCAGAUUUGCCCCAUCUGGUGGGAAGUGGACAGAGCGUCGGUGGGGUUGUCUCGGAGACGGUGGGAGUGUCUGGGGAUAGCUACAGGGGAGGAAAGUUCCCGAUUCAGCUGCAACGUAUCGUAUCUAGAUGUAAGUGCGAGUUCUUCUACGUGAGCUAUGGUGAUACGAGCAUCGAUCCGGGUACGAUUAGUGAAGUGCCGCCACCGCCUGCUGAGGAGAGUAUGAGUCCGUGGGAAAACCAGGAUGAACCGGUUGAUGCCUUCACAUUGAUGCAUCACGACUUGGACGUGUGCACGAAUUCCCUCCAAUACGCUAUGAUUUUGGACAUCGUUAACAAUCUUCUUUUGUACGUGGAACCACAACGAAAAGAGGCUUCGGAACGGCUGGCCCGAAUGCGUUUCCAACUGCAGCUGUACAGUAGUGAGGAUCAGAAGCGUCCCAUCCAACAUCUGCAGACCGAGAUUCGUGGUCUUAUGUCGCGUAUCCGUUGUUUGGAGAAAGAUGUUCACUUUAUUACCAAAGCCCGCCUGGAAGAGGGCGAUAGCGAUGAGUUGAGAGUGGAGUAUGAAGAGGUACAGAAGAUGAUACGCGAAUUCAAGGAGAUACUGUCCAACAAGAGCGAUGAACUGGAUGUGAUGUUGUCUUGCUACAACGAGACUCAGCUGUCCGCUUCCAAUCGGUUGGCAACAAUCAGGAAAGAUAAACCUCUCACUAUCGUUCGUGCCAACGAGAUCUGCUUCAAGCAUGCUCAGUGGCGUCUGACCGAAGCGGACGGUCAAAUAGGUAUCGCUGAUUUGAUCCUUAGUAAUUUCUUAUAUACCAAAAAUUCUAAAAGUGAUGAUUCGGUUGACCAUUUGCUGGAACUUGGUUACAUCCGGAUAAACAAUUUGAUUCCUAGGGAUAGUUAUAAGGAGGUGCUUUGUCCCACGGAGAUACAGCGAGACAUGCCGGUGGACCACAAGCGGGUGCUUCGGGUGUUCUGCCGUGAGAAACCACCCGUUGGGGGAAUAUCUGUGAAGGAGCAUUUUGAGAUUAAUGUUGUUCCGAUCACGAUCGCCAUUUCCAAGAAAUUUUACAACACAAUGCUGAAGUUCUGUUUCCCCGAUCGAGAUGCUCUCGAGAGCGAGGGGAACGAUGAGCUCGAGGAUGGUGCAAGUUCCAGUUCGGGGGCCUCGGUAGCUACAAAGCCGUCGUCGAAGAAGGCGAACAAUUCCCGCGGGAAGAAGAGUUCGAAAGAUAGCAAUUUCUACGUACGGAUCCAAGAUGAUGUGGAGAAGAUGAAAGAGCGGGCCGAGAAGAACAAGCUGUUUAUUUACAUAAAAAUACCGGAGGUGCCUGUGAGGGUUAGCUAUAAGGGCAAUAAAGAGAAAAACAUCGAAGAUAUCACCGAUCUGUCGCUGUUGAUUCCGACGCUGGAAUAUCACAAUGUGACAUGGACUUGGCUGGAUCUGCUGCUGGCAAUGAAAUCAGACAGCCGGAGGGUAUUGUUAUCGCAGGCGAUAAAGCAAAAAUUGAAGCUGAAGAAAGUUUUAGUUGACGAACAACCGUCACCUCAGGAGGAGGAUAAAGCAAAAAUGCUGUUCGGCAACCGACAUGCGAGAGUUCGGAAUAAGCCGGAAAACAAAAGUUUGCGGAAAGGCGUUUUCAAAUUCUCAAAAUCUUAAAGAAGAGCUGACUAUCGAGUCAUUAGUUGCUCUGCUCAAAUAUCACUUUACAUAAUCCAAACAUUUGACCUCCCCCCACCUGGCAAAAAACGGCAACAAAAUCAGGAGACCAGCUAGUCGCAUACUAGGAACGCGCAAUUGAUACGUAGCGCAACCACAGUUGAUGAUGGUUCCACAUCACACACGUACACACCUUUGAUUGUGUAGCUUUAAAUUCCAUAUUUAUAUUAUUGUAGGAACUACGCUUGUAGACACAUUAGUUCCUCUCGGAGAGAUGCAGACGAGUAUGUUAUACUAGUAUUUAAACAUACAUAUAUCUACACAGUAUGUUCAAUAAAUAAGGGGAAUUUUCAUUUAAAUCAUGGAACACGUAACGCCAUCAGUUGAACGUUGAUAACAUCAGAAAGGUAAAGGUAUCACCAUUCAAACGCAGCCAACUUUAUGUAAAUCGGUUGACAGGUUAAAAAGUUAUGCGCUUUUUAAUGACAUUAUGCUUUAUGCUUGUGUCGUAAAAAUACAAUGGAACAAAGAGCAAAUAUAAAUUUUGUUUCGUGAUUUUUUUUAGUUUAGGGAACAGAAAAUAGUCGCAUGGUGUUAGAUCAGGAAAAUACGGAGGGUGGUCGAUAGCAUGAAACUGUUUUUUCAUCAAAAACUCACGAAAAAAUAACUUAUUAACCAGUCAACCGAUUUACAUAAAGUUGGCUGCGUUUGAAAGGUGAGACCUUUGCCUUUCUAAUGUUAUCAACGUUAAACAGAUGGCGUUACGUGUUCCAUGAUUUAAAUAAAAAGUCCCCUCAUUUAUUGAACAUACUGUGUAUACAUAUUCAGGGCUUUCACAGUGGCUAACAAUAACACUGGGCGGAUGGAGGAAGGGUCCAUUCCUGUCUGGUGCUGCUGGAGAUUUUAGGUUUCCUGUUAUUUGAUAGUAUAGUACUGUUCUAUUUAUAUUUUUUUCAAUUUGAAUGGUGCAUUUCUGUUUCCCAAAUAUUUUAUUUUACAAUUACCAAGUAAUAUUCAUAUUGUAUAUUCACUGUAUGUUACAAUUUUUGUUGUUAACUGACUCAACA